GGAUAAAUUUUGAAACUCAAUUAUAUAAAAAUUAUAAUAUAUGUAUAUUAGUAUAAAAAUGAUUUCAACAGGAUGAAGUCGCGCUAUGUAAUAUUGUGUAUAAGAUUGUGGCUAAGAUGAUAGCCAACAGGAUGAAACCUUUGCUACAAGAUAUCAUAUCUGAAUCUCAAUCUACGUUCUUGUUAGGUAGACUUAUCUCGGAUAAUAUUCUUCUAGAAGCAGAGUUGGGUCACUUCUUGCAUAGAAGGUCUGGGCGAGUGGGUUGGGAAGGUCUCAAGCUUGACAUGGCUAAAGCUUAUGAUAGGAUGAAGUGUUCAUUCCUUUUUACUAUGUUAAAUCGUCUUGGCUUUGAUGAGAGGACAUGGAGCGAUGAGGUCUGCUGCAUGGGAUUCGGGUGGUGAGAGCAUAGAAUUGGGGGCUGGAGCAAUAAGAUGCUUUCAAAGGGUAAGGGUCAUGACUCUUCUAGAAUUCAUUGGAUGUCAUGGACGCGUCUCUCUACCCCUAAGAAAUUUGGGGGUUUGGG